AAAACAUUCCACAAGUAAGUACUCGCGCAUUGGAAAAGGAAAGUCGAAAACGCCUACGUAUGGCCAGAGGCUCAGUGCUGGUGCUUUGAGUACCACAGGUGGACACUGGACGACCCUCUCUCACCCUCCGUAAACACGACACGAGUGUGUCAGAUGUGAUAGCGGCCAUGAAUGCGGAGGAGGAGUUCAAAGAUCCGAAUCAGAUCGUACCGCUCGCUAAUGGUGACGCAAAUGAAAUGCUGGCUGUGGGGGAAGAAAACAACAUGCAGGGCCAGAUGGAGGAGUUUUUGGGUCCACAGGCAGAAUACAACGAGGAGGAGGAAGAGAGAAAAUACUACAGGAGGAAGCGGUUUGGAGUCAUCAAGAAUGUUCUUGCGGCCAGCAUCGGAGCCAUGAUUAUAUACGGCGUGUACAUGGGGUUACUACAGAUGCAGCUGAUCCUUCAUUAUGAUAUGACUUAUCGGGAAGUCAAGUACAGCAACCUCGGUCUAGAGGACAUUGAUCGGAAAAUGCUGAGGGGAAUAAACGUCACACCCACACUAGGCCUGUUGUACACGCCCAUUCUCAUCAGGUUUCUGGGAACAAAAUGGAUGAUGUUUCUGGCUUCAGGAAUCUAUGCAUUUUUUGUUUCUACCAAUUACUGGGAGCGCUACUACACCUUGGUUCCAUCUGCUGUUGCCAUCGGUGUGGCCAUUGUGCCACUCUGGGCCUCCCUCGGUAAUUACAUCACAAGGAUGGCACAGCAGUAUUAUGAAUAUGUCAACUAUAAGGAAGAGCAUGUACAGGAGCAGAAGAAGAUUCCAAAGGGAGCGUGCCAUAAAUACAUCAUCAUCUUCCAGGCCGUGUUCAGUGUCAUCUUCCACCUGAGCUUCGUCUUUGCCGAGUUCCCCAUGAGGCUCUUCCUCAACGGCUACAUUCUUGAUACUGCUCACGUUCUCUGCAACGUCAAAAGCUGUGGGGCCGAAAUCACUGGUGUGAUACCGGGAUUCAACACCACCGUGCUGAGAAGUCUACCGGAGUCGAUGAAGCUAAUCAUAUUGGAGAGCGUCCUCAUGGGCUUUGCGUUCCUUUCAAUGAUCAUCUUUCUUGUGCUGUGUGGCGCCGCGUACCGCCCAACGGAGGAGAUCGACCUCCGUAGUAUUGGCUGGGGAAACAUCUUCCAGCUUCCCUUCAAACAUUUGAGGGACUGACUGCGGCUUCUCUGCCCGUUCUUCAUCUACAGUGGAUUGGAAACGCUCUUCGCCAUCACUGGACUCACCUUGUCCUAUGGCGUAUGUGCUUUGGGCCUACAAAAACUGUGGCUCUUGAUUGUGGUCUAUGGACUCUCCUGCUCCAUCUUCUCUUCCCUGUCCCUUGGCCUCUUAAGACUCCCGCGGUGGGUGUGUCUGGCAGGAGGAGCUGCUGUGCAGUGGGUACUGUUGGUGGUACUCAUGGUGUUUUGCCCAGUACCUCAAAACAUGAAGUACGAGGGCCCUCUUCUGGUGAUUUCUAUCCUGUGGGGGCUUGGUACGGCCCUAAACAAGACCGGAGUCAGCAUCUUGCUUGGUAUUUUGUAUGCUGAGGAGAAAGAGCGUCUCGACUUUGUCUACACAAUCUAUCACUGGUUGCAGGCCAUUGCCAUCUUUGUAGUCUACCUAUGGUCAGAGUUGCCGAUGAGGGCUAAACUCGCCAUCCUGUUAGUGACUUUACUGCUAGCCUGCUACUGCUACUGGGUGAUGGAGCGCCGCAUAGCCAAGAAAGAGCGUCAUAGGCUGCCCCGCAUCCCUCGACCAAGGCACAAGGUCAAAGGUUAUCGCUACCUGGAAGAAGGCAACUCCGAUGAGUCAGAUUCGGAGAGAAGCGAGGAGGAUGACGAAAAAGAUGAAGAGGAGCAACUGGUGAAUGAGUGUGGCGCGGAGGACAUGGAGGCCGAAUGCCAGGAUGCUGGAGCCCAGGGAGCUGACUCACUCAGGGCCAGGAGGAAGAGGCCUGAGAGUCACCAGCACGGGGAGGAGGACGGCCAUGUGAUGGAGGGCCACAGGGGUGAAGAAAGCUAAAUUAGGAGAAAAAGCAGCCGGAGGAGCAAGUGAUUUGCCAUUUCUUCAUUUAUAAAAUCACCCAUAGCUUUCCAUUAAUGACCUAUUAGUUGUUUAUUCUAAGCUAUAUUUAGACUCAGAGCGGUGAUUCAGAUGAAAAGGUUGGGGAAAUGUGGAAGCUAUUAUAUAUAUGUACAGACCCUUUCUAUACCUUUCUGCACUGAAAAUAUAUUUUUGUUGUGUGAUUCUUGAUGGAGUCCUUUUUUUAUAUGGCCUGGAUGGCCCCAGGCUGGGGUCAUGGCAUGUGAAAGUCAAUUACAACAGGGAACAAUGGGUUAAGAUGACUGGUUAGGGCACUGGUCCUCACAGUUCUGAGAACCAGGUUUCAAAUCCCAGCCCCACCUGUGUAGAGUUUGGGAUAUUUUCCACGUGCCUGUGUGGGUUUUCUCCGGGCACUCCGGUUUUCCUCCCACAUCCCAAAAACACGCAUUAAUUGGAGACUUUAAAUCGCCCCAAGGUGUGAUUGUUAAUUGUAGUUGUUUGUUCUUUUAGUUUGGCCUGUUUUUUGGACAUUCCUUCUUGUGCCAUCCUUGUGCUCAGUCAACCCUGAGCUCCUCUUGUGCUUUUCUCAACUAUGCCUCGUCUUUUCAUGAAUUACAGUACAUCUAGCAGUUGACUUUUUUUUGGCAUGUUGGUUAGUUUCCUGUUGGCCUUUUCACCGUUUUAUUCCCAUUACUGCGUUUUUUUUUUUUUUUUUGGGGUUACCGUCUUCUGUGAUUCUCAAACCUUUGGCCUAUUAAAAACAUUUAGAGUUUUCCUGCCUGGCUUCUGCAUUUGAUUCCAUGCCAACACUGUACCAAAGUACCAAAUGUGAUAGUGUUUUAAUGUGCUCUAUCAUUUUUUCUUUAAUUUGCCUUUUAAAAAGUAACUGCAACUGCUAAAUACAGUAAAUAAAUAAAUACCUGCCUGGA